ACGUUACAUUUACAAAACAACUACCCUUUUCUGUUCUCUUCUUGGUCUUAGCAUUUCCUUUUUUUGAGGCUGCGUUUGGAUAAUAAAUUAUAGAUCUGAAUUUGGGUUCUUUUAAUCUUGUCAACUUUGACUAUGGAAAUGUGAAAAUCUUGAAUUACUUCUUCCUUCUUUUUUGUUUUCAAGCUGUUGUUUAUUGACUAAUUGUUGUUUGAUAUAUAGAAUGGAAUAAUUAUAUAUGCAUAUAUUUCAUGGAAUUAUUUUAUUUCAUAAUUUCAUAUGUGGUAUUACUCGCAUCAGUUUAGUACAAACCGGAUUGGAGCCAGCUUGAUGUGAGGGUUGUAAUUAACAAGUUUGUUGUCUUCAAAGGUUACAGUAUCAGUUUUUGGGUAAGAAGGCAUUGAUUCAGUCUGUUUAAGAAUAUAUUCUUACAGGAAGUUUAACUGUUUGAAGAGCACAUUUUUCUUGCUUAGCUGUUUCUUAGAUUCUGGAACAAUUACAGAGAACAGGGUAUAUGAGAAAAGUGUAAUAUCUUUUCCAUUUGCUGAUAUUGUGUUGAAGAAGUGUAGUAGUUUCAAGAAUUGGGUCAAUUUUGAAUUUUUUUGAAAUAGUUUUUUUUUUUUUUUUUUUUUUCAAUUUGGUGAUAUUCUGUUGAAGAAGUGAAGUAGUUUCAAGAAUUGGAUCAAUCUUGAAUUUUGUUGAAAUAGUGUUUUUCCCCUCUUUUGGUGAUAUUGUGCUGAAGAAGUGAAGUAGUUUCAAGAAUUGGGUCAAUCUUGAAUACUGUUGAGAUAGUGUUUUUUUUCCUCUUUUGGUGAUAUUGUGCUCAAGAAGUGAAGUAGUUUCAAGAAUUGGGUCAAUCUUGAAUACUGUUGAGAUAGUGUUUUUUUCCUCUUUUGGUGAUAUUGUAUUGAAGAAUGUGAAAUAGUUUCAAGAAUUGGGUCAAUCUUGAAUUUUGCUGAUAACUCUUUGGUAGAGUGGUUAUUUGAGAAGAUCUUUUCUUGGUUGUGCAAGAAAAGAUGGGUUCAUUUCCUGGGCAUGUUCUUCCUGGAACACUGUUUCUUGUGAUUGGUGUGUGGCAUAUAUGGUCAGCUAUGGUUAGGUAUUCAUCAAAUCCCAAGUCAUUCAGGGUAAGGGUUUGGAACCCUGUUCCAGGUUUUAAUGGGAAGCUGAAGUAUUUGGAACUGUAUGUGAUAGCAAUUGGAGGUUUUAUUGAUUUCUGCAUUGAGCUCUUCUAUUCGACACACCUCAAACUUUUCGUUCAUGGGAUAUUGAAUCCUACUCAUAUGAAUAACUUUGAGCAUGCUGGAAUGCUUCUCAUGUUCGUCAUCUUCGGUUUGAUUGUGCUCCUUUCAGAGAAAACCAGUUUGCUUCCCUUGCCUGAUGGAGCUCUCUGCUUUAUCGCUGCCACAGCAUUCGCUGCAGAGUAUUUCUUGUUUUUUUUCCAUUCCACAACCCACAAAGGCCUCGAAGGGUACUAUCACCUUAUCCUUGUCCUCCUCAUAGGCCUCUGCAUACUGACGACCAUCGCUGGAGCUCUUAUCCCCACCAGUUUCCCUAUUGACUUGGCUAGUGGCAUAUCUGUAGCACUCCAAGGCCUCUGGUUCUAUCAAACUGCAUUCACUCUGUAUGGUCCUAUGAUGCCAGACGGUUGCCAGCUCAAGGGGGACAAUAUCAUGUGUCGUUCAGCAGAUAGCGAGAUUCGAGGGGAGUUGCUAGCAAACUUCCAACUUUUCUCCUUGAUUUUGUUUGUCCUUGCUGCCUCUGCUGGAGCUUAUGGUUUUGCAGCUUCAGAGGCUGAUCAUUCAGAAAUUAGGAAUUCUCAUGUGGCUCUUGAUGAUUAGGAGGAACAUUGACUAUAGUAUAGCCAUUUUUGUAACAUAUUCUUUGGUUAGGGAAAGGCCUUGAAUGAAACAUUUAAGGAUGUUGCUCUAAAAUUAUUCAUUUGUCAAUUUGACACUUAAAAAUAGACUAUUGUUGGGAUUGCUACUUAAUUAUGAGGUAGUUGUUGCAAUGAAUCAAGCACAAUAAACUUGACCGGUUGUGGUCAUUACCUGUACAAGACAACUUGUAACAUUUCUCUCUGAGUUUAAUGUUUGCAUCAGGUGUUUACAC